GUUCUAAAAUAAUUCUUCAAAGUCAGUUUUGGAAAUGGCAACUCAGUUUCUAAUUUGACAUUUGACAAGUCCGAGCUCCCAAAAUAAAAUCAUAGAUGACCAGAGCAAACAGCAGGUGAACUGCAUUAAAUACAUUAUACUGAAAUGGUACGAUUAAUACGAAUCAGUUAUUGACAAAACUAUAACAGAGUUUAAAUAAAGUGGCGCAAUCAAAGUGAAUCUUCCGUACUUAUGUGAAUAUUGUGACCUUUGACACAUUGCGUUUCACUUUCACUAUAAAGUGUGAUAUAUUUACUAUAUAUAAUGGCCACAAAACGACGACCUUUACGUACGAACGCUACCGGUCCGAGUUCAUCCAAUAUGAAUUUUAGACCGGGUGGUCCAGAUGUAAAAAGAGCAGAAGCUAAAGGUACACGACCGACUGCAGCACCCACCAGUGUUCGAGAGAUACUUGUUAUGAUGGUUAUGCAUGCAUGUAAAAAGACCAUAUUCUUUGAUACAAAUCUAAAAGUAGCGCUAUACUUGGGUAGUCUGUUUUUGGUGUCCUUGAUUGGAGACUUCAUACCUUUUCCCAAGACAUACUUCGCUCGUUCGGAUAAUUUGUUUAACGUGUACUUUGUAAAGGUUGGCUGGGGUUGGACAUUAUUGUUAACAGUGCCAUUUCUUGCAAUGACAUCGUAUACUUUAUGUUGUGGUGACAUGAAAAAAAUGCUUCGACACCAUAUCCCUCGAAUAGUAAUCGCUACUUUCUUUUGGCUCUUCUGGACUAAAAUGUUCAACAUAAUCGAAACAUCGUAUGGACGUUGUACAGUAAAAGGUUUUGGCACAAAAUCUGCCUGUCUGAAGGCAGGUCACUUAUGGAACGGUUUUGACAUAUCAGGGCACGCAUUUAUUUUAAUACAUUCGAGCUUAGUUUUAAUCGAAGAAGCGCGCCCCAUCAUUAAGUGGGAGUCCAUUAAAGAUUACCUUCGCAAUGAAUUACACGACCGCAGUAUUUCUGAACAUUCUAGCACAAAUCCAUUAAGAAAUCUAUCUGGAGAAGACAUUCGCAAUCUUCAGUUUCUUUAUGAUCGACUAACGCCAGUUAUACGAACAUUAUUUAUUGGUAUGGCGAUGCUACAAUUACUGUGGGAUGUGAUGUUAGUUGGCACUAUGCUUUAUUAUCAUCACAUGGUAGAAAAAGUCAUUAGCGGGAUAAUAGCAAUACUAACAUGGUACUUUACCUAUCGAUUUUGGUAUCGUACGAAUUUGUUACCAGAUCCAGCUGGUAGUGGAUCAUUCUUUUACCAACGAGAGAACAAAGAUGCUUUUGUUUAUGGCAGACGACCGACUAUGAUGACAACAACAGGUCCCACCGUGAAUGCCGGUAGUCGAAACAAUAUGGCGGGUGGUUCCUUUGGCUUAGCAUCACAGCCCACAUUUAUGGGUAUGCCAAUAUAUGUGAAUACACGAACUACGAGCACGACUGGUAAUGGUAACCAAGCAGGUGCAAAUAAUCACGGCAUAGAUUUAAACUCUUAGUGUUCUUUAAGAUCACUUAUUAAAAUUUAAUUUGGUUGUUUGUAAUAUAAUUUAUUUGUUCGAUUUUGAUGUUUUAGUAUCUUUUGAUAGAAAGUGCGUAAAGUUAAAACGAAACCUAAGGAGGCUUACUGAAAUGGUAAUGGUGUACUCGUCAUCGUAUAAACCGAAAUAUUAUAGAUAUAUAUGUACAUAGUGCAUUAGAUCCUACAUGACAAAAAUCUUCUAUUUUUCUACGUUUAAAUUAUGGCAGAAAUCCUUUUUAGACAAAUUUUAACGAUAUACAUUUUUAUUGGUAAUUGGUGAAAGUAAAUAAAGCGUAAAUAAACCAAUGCCAUUUACAACUGA